UGAAAUACAGUAUGAACCUGCUGACCUUCAAAAUAAAAGCACAGCAAAAGCAGAAUCAUUUACAGUUGUUUAAAGUUGGACCUUCCUGCCAUGUGGUGAUCUUCUCAGCACUCUUUAAAAAAGACUCUGACUCUCUGAGUUCUGGACUUCUUCUCAAGUCUUGCCCCGGCGUCAUCAUGGCCCACCCUUACGAGCCCUGGUUACGGACGGCGCCGCCUAGCGGCAGCUCCGAGGACAUGAACAUCCCGUCCUGGUGGGACCUCCAUCGUGACGUGCAGGCGGGCAGCUGGAUAGACCUGCAGACGGGUCAAGGCCUGCCGUCGGUGAGUCCGGGGAGCUCCAUGGGUCUGCAGCCCUCGUUAGGACCUUACGGUUCCGACCCGCAGCUCUGCAACCUGCCCCCGGCUCAGCACGCCUCGCACUCGUCCCACCUCUUCCCUCAGGACGGGUUCAAGAUGGAGCCGCUGGCCCCGGAGAUGCUGCAGCAGGAAACCUUCUCCCUGGAGGAACCGCAGGAGACCUCGGCGUCGGCCCGGCCCAAGCCUCAGCGCCGCUCCUCGUCCCGGGGAGGCAGCCAGGCCGUGUGCCGCUGCCCCAACUGCAUCCACGCCGAGCAGAUGGGCCAGAGCGCCGACGACGGCCGGAGGAAGCACAUGCACAACUGCCACAUCCCGGGCUGCGGCAAGGCCUACGCCAAGACCUCGCACCUGAAGGCGCACCUGCGCUGGCACAGCGGCGACCGGCCCUUCGUCUGCAACUGGCUCUUCUGCGGCAAGAGGUUCACCCGCUCCGACGAGCUGCAGCGCCACCUGCAGACGCACACCGGCGCCAAGAAGUUCAGCUGCGCGCUCUGCCCCAGGGUCUUCAUGCGCAACGACCACCUGGCCAAGCACAUGCGCACGCACGAGUCCCCGCCCACCCACGGGGAGGUGAACGGCGACGGGAGGGGGGAGAAGGGUUUCGACGAGGCCACGCCCCCACAGCACUCCUCGAACGUGUCCGACAGCACCGAGUCUCAGCUGAAGCUGAAAUGUGAGGCGGAACCGACGGAUCAGUCCGGCUAGUCCCGCCUCCGAGACACGCCGGUGCAGGUCAGAGUCCACGCUCGGUGGCGCAGAGUCGUAGUUUCAGGUAGAGUAGAGACUAGAAGGAAGAUUUGGACCAACUUUUACUGACGGAGGCUGGAAGGAAGGAAAACUGUAGCCGUGGUUCUGAGACGCAGCCGGCUGCAGAGAGAGAGAGAACCUGCAGCUCGUUUACAGGAAACUUUCUGUCUAAAAACGUGCGCAUCCUGCUGAACCGGAYCAGAACAUCCAGAAAGGUCCAGAACUGCUCAGUGAAGAAGUUUGACGGUAAAGCACGAGAACCAGCAGGAGAACAAGAACAGGUCCUGGAGGAGGAACAAAAACAAAAAAAGUGGGAACGAGUGAUGAGAGCCCCUUCCUGGACCCGACAGAAAAACACCGCCUGACGUGAACCCGGGCUUCUGUCGGGACACGCUGAGGACGGCAACACAAACAGACUCAGAUCCAUCCUGUCAGCGCUGCAGGUUGACGGGCCUGAAACAUCCAKCGUGAAGAAACAAGACAUUUAAAGCCCAACGUGACAAUGUUUCCUCUUAACGGUGGAUCAAAUGUCUGAAACAACAAAGUUACACGAGGCCUCUGCUCACAAAUCAUCGUUUUAAAACAAAACGCAGCCCAGGGUUUUAGCUUCAU